CCUUGGACUGAAGUGAAUACAGAGCUCAAGAGGCUGCAGGGAAUAAACAAGGAGGCCUAACAUGCGCAGGUAGUUUGAUUCACCAAGGACUAACCGAGAGAGCCACCCUACCUGUUGCACCAGGACACCGGCAUGUACCCCAACUCGCAGUCAGCCAGACACCCGGCUCAGACGCUGUCCCUGAACAGUCAGUACUUUCCGCCUCCAUAUGACUUCACCGGAUUUCAUCACCUACCGGGAGUUGGUGACCCGUCGACAGGCGCUUGGAGCUCGAUGUACGCACCCCGGGAAGAGUACGCCUACAGCUUCCCGGGGUCAAGUCCCAGCAGCGCUGCGCAGGCCAGCUUCUCGUCCCCAGAGCUGAGCGGCACUCCCACCACAGCUGGAGGGGGUUCCUUCAACCCGUACAACUUCAUCUCAGGACAGGACCUCUUCGGUCCCAAGAGGAGACCACAUGAAACCGUUUCAGGAACCAAGACUCGCACUAAGGACAAGUACCGGGUGGUAUACACUGACCAGCAACGCCUGGAGCUGGAGAAGGAGUUUCAGUACAACCGCUACAUCACCAUGAGGAGGAAGACCGAGCUGUCCAUGGCACUCAGCCUCUCUGAGAGACAGGUGAAGAUCUGGUUUCAGAACAGACGUGCCAAAGAGAGGAAGAUAAACCGUAAGAAGCUGCAGCACUCUCAGCAAGCCUCCACAACUACCCCCACCCCGCCUGCACAGGGUGGACCCGCUGACUCCCACGUCCCCACCAGCCCCUGCAGCAACAUUUUAGCUGACACUAUAUCAGAGGAAUAUUAGGUGGAUUUAAUAUGAAAGACUGAUGCAGCAUGAAAUAUGUACAUAGCGUUAUUAUGUUUUAUAAUGUUUCCACAGAUUGAAUGACGAUGAAUCGCAUCAACAUGAUGUAAUAAUGCUGCGCCUCAUGCCUUUCAAAAUGACAAGCACUACAUUUCUGUUGCACUGAUCAUUCGUAGUGGACUUUUCAAACCACUAGUGUGUUAAUAUUGAUCAUUUUAAGAACCACAAUAUUGAAUUCAGUCCAAGAAACACUGAAUAAACGUUCACAUGGAAAAUGUACAUGCAAAGAUUUUUUAUUGAUAAGUGACAAUGCAUUUAUGGUCAAAUAUCAAGGUUUAUUUUACUGAAUUUGAGGAAAUACGUCUCAAAAUCACUUUAGAGCAUAGUAAUACAAAUGUGGCUUUUGACUAAAUGAAAAGGGAAUUACAAAGAUUCUUAAUUAUUAAUUGAAUGUACAGGAAAUGUAGAAAGAGCACAGAAUGGAAAAGAAGGAGAAAGAACGGGAAAAAUGUUAACGCGUGAUAUGAUGAUUAUUUAUGCCGGAUUUAAGAUAAACAGGUUGGUUUACAUUAAGGGAUGAAAAAGCAGCUGUACAUGAAGUAAUUGAAAGGGUGGCUACACAGAAACAUAACAUUUUUUUCCGUCAAACGCAUGUAUAAUGAAACUUAGUUUAAAACCUUUUCACUUUUUGUUUUAGAUACAAUACUGUGAUGAAAUUUUUAAAAAGUGAGAGAAAACUUGUUUAAAAAUAGGCUGUUGAAUAGUUUGUUAACCACAUCCUAAAAAAAACCCUUCCACUUGACUCCUGCUUAUCAACAUUGGAUUGUCAGAAUAUGUAUGCAAUGUUAAAAUGAAUUACACCUUAUGAGUUAGCAAAAUUAACACACGUUUAGUUGGUUAGAUUGUUGCUUAAAAAAGAGGAAAUCGCAACCACAGUUGGCCGCACAUUGCAACAACUUUUGUUUCGAAAUAAAGUGUUAUACCGCCAA